AAGCAGAAGAAGAAGCGCCGCUAUAGCAGGAGACCUGCCUCUUUGGCCCGCCUUCUUCGCUGUAAUUGGCUCGCUCGUCUCCGGCGCUCUCCGUCUGUCCAAUCAGACAAGAGGGAAAGGAAAACACGGUGUUGUGCGCUCGCGCGUGUUUGUGAGAUGGACGCGCUGGAGAUGGUGUUAGACGAGGUGGCUUUAGAGGGACUGGACGGUAUAACCGUGAGCUGUCUGUGGUUCAGACUGCAGAACAGACAGCCGUGUUUCCCCCUGACGUUAGACGCCAUGACACAGCAGUAUGUGUGGACAUUUCUGGUGUCCUGUCACCAUGAAGUGUCCUUUUACCUGCUGCCUCAGGACAGACCUGCCGUCACCUUAUAUGACCGGUUUCUGGAGAUCGACCCAGAGACAGGGAUCCAGGAGCUGAGGGGUAUUCCUCAGCUGAACGAGGAUGUUUACCCCGCCAGCGUGGUGCUGGACGACCCGGGAGGCAUUCAGGGGUCGUGUUUCUAUUACAAAGAGAGGAAGGACAUAAACGACCUCAUCAGGACAGAGACACACACACCUCGACUCACACUGCAGGAGGCACAUUCGCAGUGGGGGGAGAAGCUGGUGAUUGUGGCGAGUCAGCAAGUCAGAUAUCGUACUCUGAUCGGCUGCCAAGGAAAUCCGGAGCUGAAGCUGAGUGACUUGUCGUACUGUAUCUUAGAGAGGCUGGGACGAGCUCGCUGGCAGGGAGAGUUACAAAGAGACUUACAAACCAUAGCAUGCAGGCUUGACGCAGGGAAGAUUCAUUACCUUCGUAAAUGUCUGGAUAAGAACGGUCUGGUCACCAUGCAGUCACAUGUUGUUCGCCUGCCCUCAGGAGCUCAAAAACACUCCAUCCUGCUGUUGCUCAAGCGCUUCCAUGUUGACAGGAGGAGUAAGUACGACAUCCUGAUGGAGUCGACAUCCAACAUUCUGUCUGAGCUCCCCAACAACAUGGGCAUCAUCCUUAAACUGAGGGACCAGCUGGUAGGCAGUGUGUGUCUAGGGUUGUGUGUGUGUGUCUGGGGUUGUGUGUGUGUGUCUGGGGUUGUGUGUGUGUGUGUGUCUGGGCUUGUGUGUGUGUGUGUCUGGGCUUGUGUGUGUUAUUGUGAAACGCAGACGCUGGUGACCCGGUAA